GGCAGCCUGCACAGCCGCUGCAUAUUGGCGUGCCGGUGCUAUGUAUCUCCGCAGGGCAGUCUCCAAGACCCUGGCGUUGCCUCGGAGGGCGACCCCUGGGCCCGCACCGCAGGCGAAGGACGCAUCUCUUCGCCAGAUGUCAUCAAGCAAAUUCCCUGGGACAUCUGGCACCAAUAUGAUUUAUUACCUGGUUGUAGGUGUCACAGUCGGUGCUGGUGGAUAUUAUACUUACAAGGCAGUCACAUCAAAGCAAACCAAACAUACAGAACAUGUAACAAAUUUGGAAGAAAAAACGAAAAUGGAGUUACAGCCAGUUCAAGGUGAAAAUGAUCAUGAAGCUGGGACAGUGUGGUCACAUGCCCCGGAAGUUUCUGUAGAGGAAGCUGAAUUGGUAGGUGCCCAGAAAGCCCCAGAGGCUGCAGCUGGAAUUCCAGAAGUGGCUUUGGCCUCACCCACUGCUACAGAUGCUCCAGUGCUGGAGACAGCCACAGACAGCGCUAAUGCUGAGCUGGCGCUUACCGAUACUUCUGCAGCUCCCACAGGCCAAAACACACAGGGCACCUCUGAAUCCACCCUGGAGGUCGAGAGUGCAGCUCCAGACCAGGCUGAUGCCAGAAGUAACGAUAAAGGAACCAUAGAGGACAAGAGCUUUGAGCACAGUGCUGAACCAGAAGAAAACCCUUCCAUCGGCUCAGAACCCUCUGCUCGGCCUGAUGCACAGGAAGAAGCUGAGGUCAGAACAGAGGCCUCCUCAGCUCAAGGCUGAUCUGCCCCAGACAGUUCUGCAAAAUUUGAUAGUCGUUUUUGUAUUUUUAGUAAGCUUAGCUUUUAAAGGCUUCUUUCUAGAUUACUUUAAUAUGCCCUAAAGACUUUGGCAUUUACUAGUAUGUUUGGGUUGGGAAUUGGGGAUUUUGCAUGUCUUAAUAGUUUUCUACUAAGAUCAGGCUAUGACAUUGGAGUAAAGAACUUAAAUAGUGUCAUCUUUGAAUUUACAUUUUACAUUUUGGAGAUUGAGUUAUCUAUGCAACUUGCAUUUAGUUUAAUUUUGCUCUGCCUUUCUCUUAUAUGUAAGUUUGUAUUAUUGAGUUUCAUUUGAACUCAU